CAGCGGGAUUCAGUACUCGUCGAGGAGUCCACAAAUCAACAGCUCUGCAAGGUUGUAGGUUCGGGAGCGCGCGCGCGCGUAUCGCUGGAUCAAGUGUCUGAAGGUGGAAGUUCUGGAAGUUUGUGGUUGAUCGAUCCCAGAACAAAGGAAGCGGGAGAACUGGGAAAGUCGGUGUUGAACGACAGGUUUCUCCUUUGUCGCUGACGAUCGCGAUCACUGGAUUAAGUCGGUGUUCUAGCUCAAGAAGUCGUUAAGGUGCAAGUCGGCGGUGCGUCAAGACGCGGUGCCGUCAGCGGAAAAAUUAUUUUCGUUCAAAAACAAAACCGUAGGCCAGUGACCAACGCGUUUGUUUGCAAACAAAACCGAAUCCCGUGUGCCGGCCGUUCCCCCGGGUGUCUACCGCGAGGUCCCCAACAUCUGAGAAAGUCACCCCAGCGAUAAAAAUAGACCGUGUGCGCGAAACGGUUAUUAUUUCGGGUGUGUGUUCCUUGUUUUGUGUAUUGUAGGAAAGAAAAAUUACGACGCCGCGCAAAAGAAAUAUUGCAAAAUUGUGCCCAAAAAGUAGCCCGAGUUGCGAAAUGUCAACGCCGCGCCGGUGUCAAUUUGACCCCGAAAGGAUUAUUCGAGUGGCGAUCGUUCCUGUCAUUGCGUCACAAAUCUGAGAAAAUCGUGAUUUAAGGGAAUUUUUCAACAUUAUAUCCCCCAUCGAAGAAAAUAACAACGCAUUUUAUAACAAAGUAGAUUGAGGAAAAAAAACAAAAAAAAAUGAAAUCGUAGUCAUAUUUGUGGUGCGACAAUUUUCAACAGUGUGUGGGUCCGUGAUUGAAUUACAGUGCGUUUGUUUACAGUGUAGAUUUUUCCCAGUGUUUUGUUAACUGCGAACGUAAUUCGGUAUUGUUCUUUGACGGCAAAGUGGAGGAUAAUUUUGGAAAGAAGAAAAGGCUCAACUCGAAGUGGAAAUAAUUUGUGACCACGAUGAUAACUGGGAGUACUGCUAUUGUCAUGAUUCAUCGCUCUGUCGCGGGUAAUAAUCGGAUAAAACCGCAUGGACGCCUUUUCAACGAAACGUAAGAAGCAGCAGCAUUACAACACAACCGGUGACUUCAACAACUCGCCAGCCUCAUAUUCUAAACAGACGCAGAGGAAACGGAACAUUCUCUCCAAGCAGGAGGUAUUCCGCAUGCUAGCCCCCCAACUAGACCCAUUACCAAGGCGUAUCGGUCGCCACAAUCUCGCAGCAUGGAUGUUGUUAGAGUCUCCAAUAGUAUUAAUACCAGCGAGCAACAGCAGUUACAGUCGCCGCAGCAACAGCCCCAGCAAUUACAAACCCCCCAACAGCAGAAUAGCGUCGGAAGUACCAAGGCCAUCAACAGCAACGCCUACCAGACUCCCCGGAAUGGCUUAAACCGUCAGCCGGCGGUCGGGGCCGGUUCUUCGUCGACGGGUUCGCUAGGUUCCGAGGGUCUGCUGCUGCACCAGGCCUCGGCCUCCAGCGAUUCGGGCAACAGUUCGUGCGUGAGUGGUAGCGGCGUCGGCGGCGGGACGGCCCCGGACGACCCAGAGACAAAGAAUGACGCCAGCUUUGGCAGUAGUGCUAGUGCGGGUGAAGUGAUUGGGGUCGGGGAAGAAGACGCAGAAGAAGAUGAACGGCAGUCACUGUUGCUGAAGAAGCCGUCGAAGAAGAAGGGCGCUACCAUCUACGUGAACAAGGUGUACGACGAAGGGAUUGGGUUGGGCGGUGGGACCGCACGUGGUAGCUCGACGGAAACGGACGACCGGGAAGACCCGGAAGAAGAGCGGGACUUGAAGCCACUGCUGGUGGAGAACGAAAAGCGUAAACCGCCGAAGAGUAUCGUGAAGAGCCCGUCGAAUCUUAGCUUUGGCGCGAAGGAAGCGGGUGGCGUCGGUCAGCGGCCGCGACUUAAUCUACAGUUUCAGCAACCGGUGGAAACCGUCAUCGACGAUCGGCCGGUGCACCAUGUGCAGUUUUCGAAGCAGCAGGACAACGGGUACUGUUACGGGCCGGAGCAGGACCUCGCCAAUGGGACCAAGGUGGAUCAGGCCGUUUGUGGCAGUCCGGUGGGAAGCAUCCUGUCGAGGGCGUCCGGCGGUUCGAGUACGUCCUCGUCCGGAUCUUCGUCGAACGAGAACAGCUCGCUUGGGGGUUAUGCCGAGGCGCGACCACCGGACGGAGGUUGGGGUUGGGUGGUGUGCUUUGCGUCGUUUAUGGUGAACCUGAUUGCCGACGGUGUUACGUUUAGCUUUGGGGUGUUGUACGUGGAGCUGCUGUCGUACUUUGGAGAGGGGAAAGGUAAAACCGCCUGGGUCGGUUCGCUGUUCAUGGCAAUGCCGCUGCUGUCCGGCCCAAUCGCGUCCUUCCUAACGGAUCGCUACGGAUGCCGCAACGUGACGAUCGUCGGCUCAAUAUUAGCCUCACUUGGGUUUGCCCUGUCCGCGUACGCCAACACGAUCGAGAUGCUGUACCUCACCUUUGGAGUGCUGGCCGGCUUCGGGCUGAGUCUGUGCUACGUGGCCGCCGUCGUGAUCGUGGCGUACUACUUCGACAAGAAGCGCUCCUUCGCGACGGGACUGUCCGUGUGUGGUAGCGGCAUCGGAACGUGCAUCUUCGCCAAGGUGACGCAGAUUCUGCUCGACGAGUACGGAUGGCGUGGGACUACGCUCAUACUGGCGGGCAUCUUCCUCAACAUGUGUCUUUGUGGCCUUUUGAUGCGUGACUUGGAGUGGACCACGCACAAGUCGAAGCUGAAGCGGAAGCAGCAGAAGGAAGCGGACUCGUACUCGGUCAGCAACAGCACCAAUACGGCCGGAACGGCCAGCAAUUUGAACGCGACCGAUGCGACGUCCGGCGGAGGUCCUGCUGCUGCAGGAGGACCACAGCAGCAGGGCGCCAGUGACCCGGAGGCCGCUCUGCUCGAUCCCGACGAUCCGCGACUUUUUAGUUCUUUAAUCUCCUUCCCGACCUUCAUCAAGAACGGCGAGAAGGUCCCGUUCGAAGUAUUAGAAUUACUCUACAAGCACCGAAAUGUGCACGAGCACGUUUUGCAAAACUAUCCCAAUUUGCUACAUUCUCGUAGCUUUAGCGAACCUCUAGCGCCUAAGAGCAACGAACUCAGCCCCGAAAAGACGAUCAACCCGGAGCAGCGGGAACCGCUCGACGGGCAACACCACAAACGCCAGUUGAACCUCCCUCCCGGGGACGACCUCGAGCAAGCGGAUCAUCCCUUCCUGCGGCGUGCCCACAGCCAUCGACCCACAACCGGCCUGCGAACGCCAACAACCGCCUACCUGAAAGAUCUCCGCAUGCAUCGCCACUCGCUCACCUACCGUGGCGCCAUGCUCAACAUCCAGCGCUAUCGGCUGCGGGCCUCAUCAUGUCCGGACAUUUACCGCAACUCGAUGACGACGAUCGCCAAGGAGAAAACCGCCUGGUAUCAGGGAAUAGAUGAGUUCAAAACACUGCUGGUCAGUAUUCUGGACCUCUCCUAUUUCCGUGAUGUCCACUUUCUGCUGUUUGCCAUCUCCAACUUUUUGCUGUACACGUGGUACGACGUGCCGUACGUGUACCUCACCGACAACGCCACCGAGAUGGGCUUCUCGCCGUCCCAGUCGUCGAUGCUGAUCUCGAUCAUCGGAAUCGUCAACAUGGUGGGCGAGGUGAGUACGCAGUUUUAUCUAUAUGAGGAAAGGAAAUUUGUGCAACUGGUUUGACAUUUUGAAAGUUUU